AUGGUUUCUUUGACAGACCUCGCCGCUCAGCCCGAGACUCUCUAUAUGAUCGUUGAGUACCUCUCCUCUAACGAUAUUUUCUCCCUUAUGCAAUCUUGCAAAGAAAUGUAUCCAGUUUGCCAAAAAGAACUAUGGACCACGAUUGCAUUGAGCCGUAACAAGCACUUACAUUCCCCCAACCGAAACAUCACUCGCCUAAGGUAUCAGUCGUUCAAAGAUCUUGUUCGAAUGCAUGGCCGAAAAAAAUUAUUCUUCCAGUACACUAAAAACCUGGUACUUGACGGAUUGAUCCGACUCAAGUAUUUCAAAAAGACCGAUAUUGGCAAAAUAUUUUGUCAGGUUCUUCAGAGCGGAGAGCUUCGCCCGAGAACCCUAGCCGUUGCCAUCGGUAAUCUCCCUGAGGGUAAUGGAGGGUAUACAGACUAUGAUGGUGGUUAUGGCUCUGAAAGAAGACUUAAACUAUUAGAUUGCCUGAAGGAAUAUGGGAAAGGCAAGAACUUACGAGAGUUUUCAGUCUCCAUACGAGCGUCUUGUUUGCGACAGCUGCCCGUUUAUUUCAACCUGUCUCAAGUCACCCAACUUGACUUGAAUCCCAACUACAAUAGUAUACGCCGUGAUUGGAAGGCCGGGAAAGCCAACAAACGGACCGAUAGACAGAUCGAGGAAUUGACCACACUCCUCGAUCAAACACCAAACCUAAAGCAACUGAUUAUGGGCGACUGGCUCCGUAAUCAUGACCAAUUCAGACUAUCCACCCGCCCACGCGUCAAAAAGGAAUGGAAGAAGCUCCAGCGGACCAUAAAAAGCCUUCAGAACCUAAAAACUCUGAAGGUAGUCACCUACCUGUUCCACCCAUCCCUGUUCCUGAUCCCUCCCCCCUCAGUCACCAACCUGCUCUGCACGGGAACCAUCUCUCCCGUUUGGUGGCGAUCCUUCGCAGUCUGCGAGGGACUCGGAAACGUCCGUCACUUGACGAUUCAAGUGACCGAUUCCUGGCUGCUCCCGGAAAGCACGCUCGAGAGGGGAGCCGAGGCCCCUCAAAUUCGAGAUAUCAACCUCGGAAAUUUUGCAAUCUCCGGAUUGCAAGAAUUCAAUGCCGUUUGGUGUCAUCACGACCCGAAGAUGUAUUUCCGGGAUGGGAACCCGGAGGGGCCAUCCGGCCCAGACCGCCGCAAUAUUCCGGCAGACUUGGAAGAUUGCAUCGUUCGAAAGAACGAUAAUCUUUCAGAGAAGUGCUUGGUUGGGCUCCUCACACCCAGGGGGAUGAUUAAGAAGGAGGAGGAGGACGACGAGUGGUGGUGA